AUGGACGCAAUUUCGCAUCCGGAUACUAUCGCGGACUUGGUGCUUGAACGAGCACUGAGUCGCGAGUCCGAUGAUGGUAGACCGCGUGGGUCAGCCUACGUCAGAUCACCUGGCGCAGACGAAGGCACUAUUCGGCCCGCCUAUUUCUCUUUCCACCGGUCGUCUGCUAGUACCUUGGUGUCAUCCGGGAAUACGAAUGCGAACAACAACAAAAAUUCUCUUCUGUCGCACAAAGAUCAUGUGAUAUACACUAUAGCAGGUAACAAGAAUGAGCACCUCCACCAAGUAGGAAACGGAAAAUCUACGCCGAAAACUCCAGCUAGUACAACUACUGCUGCAUCAGAUGGUGGAUUCAGUUUUUCGGCGCAUCUAACAUCUCCCAAAACAGCUGCACAAGGAGCACCAUUUGUUGUACCCACUAGCACUACUUUAAAGAGCAGCGACACGCCGAAAGUAGACUUAAGCCCCAUGUUUCAUGCACGCUUAAAGGCAGCAGCUGCUGCUGAGGCAUAUCGUGUGCAUUCGAAGGAGAGUGGGAAAAAUGCUAGCAGCGGUCAUGGACAUAGUGCUGCUGCUGUAGUCGUUCCCCAAAGUGGUGGCAAGACGCCGCUGAAAAGACCCGCGGCGACGCCAGCAGUUGUUGGGAUUUCGAUCGAAUCGUUGGCGAAGAGAGUGCGGGCAUUGAGCAAAGGUAUUAAUGGAUACACCCAGUUAUUUGUAAGUAUCUUGGUAUGCUCGUUUAUGUUGUAUGCUGUACGAACUGCAUUCUGCAUCUAAGAAAGUUGUAUGCUGUAUGAACUAUGCACCAGAUUCCGAAGCCAGCGACGGUCUUCCCGCAUACUCCCCACGUCUUACGCCUCGUCUGACCCCUCGGCAUGGCGCCACGACGCGUGGUGGUCCUGACACGAUUGUCGCUGAACAAGGCGCCAAGAGACAGGAAUUCCGACAAGUGCUUCAAGACGUUUUGGAAGAAGACCCGAAGGUUCGAACCGCAGACAUGGAAAACCGCAUCAUUAGUUUUCUCGAGAAGCACGACAAGAAUUCGAAAGACAAACUCCAUUUCUCUCCUGAAGAAAUCGCGGAGAUGAAGGGUUGGGCGCCAGUCAGCAGCAAAUUGCUUGCCAGGACGUCGCUGGGAGCACGAUUGAACGAGUAUUGUGGUCCAUCUUCGGGUAUUGUCAGUCCACGUUCUCCUGCAGAUAAUGUUGGAAGUGGCCGUGAAAACAACCACUUUCUGCAUGAGCAAAAGAACCACCAUGUAGAUCAACAGAAGAAGACAUUGGUCCCUUUGGUGCAUACUUGGAAGGCGAGAAUCAAGAACUGCAUCUCGCUGUCGUUCCAGAUCGAGCAACUGGUGUUUGACAAGUAUGCGUCAACGCAUCAGAACGAAAAGGCGAUUCACAAGGAGGAACAGAAUGGAGGUAAAAAUUUGUAGAGGUGUAUUUUGACUACAUACAUUGUAGGUGUUCGAGUAAGUAUGCUGCUAUGAAGCCAAAACUCCACGUCCUACUCAGUUUACCUUUUUCACCUCAAACACGAAUUGCUCAUCCCCGAAAUCACCCACACUUCAAAACACACACAAACAGUCUGGCGUUACGUGCAAGAUCUUCGACAGCUCGCCACUGUUCUACGACGUGAUUACAAUUUCGAUUCCGUCAAAGAGCCUCUUCUCUCCGGCAAGUUGGCUCCCGCUGCAUUUGUCUCUGAAUUCCAUGCGCAUCCGGAGAUAUACCAGUCUCCCAGACUGAAGCGAGCACGGGAGACAGCGGAGCAGGAAGGAUUGCGUUUAAGGCUCACGAUAAGUCAUCUUCAAAGAGUAUUUGCCUCAGGCUUCUCCUUGGAUUCUGAGACGAGGCCUCUAGAAUAUGAGUUAUCGCUCGCUCUAAUGAAUCAGGCGAAGACGGGUGCGGAAGUAACGCAUCCGUUCUUAGACAGAAAUAUGGUUUGUCCCAACUGCAACGUUGAUACGGGGAUGGGGUGCAGGUAUUUUCUCUCGGUGAUAAACAAUGCAUCACCUCAAGUUAGGCGAAUUCAUUCAUUCAUUCAUUCAUCAUUGUGUGAGAAGGUUGUAUAUCCUGUAUCUUUGAUUUAUGAUUCUGGCUCUGAUGUAAGCAAGGUCGUGGUAUGAUUGGCGGCACAUUAGAUUGCCUGGCUUGGGACAUUCUUUUUCUUGUAUCCAGUUAGGAGGUGUAGUGGAGUCACAUCGAAGUAAGGUGCAUUAGGAGUAAUUCCGCCCUUCUUCAAUGCAGGUACAACGUCGUUCACUAUGAUGCCUGGGGCACGUGGCGUGCGGAUCGAACCCGUAGUAUCUUGGCGCAGUGCGUGAAGUGUGGCUAUGAAUGGUCGAAAGAUGAGUAAAUUGUUAGAGUCACCGAAUCUUAGUAUCCUGUUUACUCUGUCCAUGAGCAGCAGAAGCAUAGCAUGGGAUCCCCUUUCUAGCAGUGUGGAUAAGUGUAAGAUUACCAGUGUAGAAUAAAGGAUCUCGACGAAAUAAAGGAUGAGAAUAUAGAUGACGAGGUGAAAAAAUUUGUACCUCCUGUCUACGAAAACGAACAAAUAGCAUGAUAAAUAUUGUAAUAUUAAUUUUUUACUUGUUUUAGGUACAUCACAUAUGUGUGAUCAUGAAAAAGCAUGCGUAGUUGGAAACAUCACACAUCCAUCAUGAUUGAUGACAUGAAAUAGGAAGAUCCCACCGACGAAGUUUCGGAAAAGAGGCCAAGGAUAAGCUGUAGAGCAAAGGUGAAAGAUCAAGAGUACUAGAAUGAAUAAGAAUAGUAGAUGAAAUGACUACAAAAUAAACCUUUUUAGAGCAUAUGAGAAACAUAGCUAGAUCGUUUAAAAAUAACCUCUACUCAGCAGUGUUUUAGAAUGUAGAAGCAGGACGAUUUCCCCAAGAGGGUUCAAGUCGACAACUGCAAAAGCAAUAUCAUCAACUUUUUAGUAAAAAGUGAAGCUGCUUUUUAGUAAAAAGUUAGAUUAAAAGAUUUCUAGAUUAAUUUGAUAGAUGUGUGUUCUUAGAGAAGAUAGAGGGAUAGAGGCUGGGCCUGCUAGCGGUUCUCCUCGUGACUUAGUAUGUCCCAUAUCGCGCGAAGUACCUUGUGAUCUUAUGAUAAGCAAUGAAUACUUCUACUUCCUAAAACUGAUAACCAAUGAAUACUUGCAUUUCCUAGAAUGAAAGAAGCGUAACUUGUUGUGAUAUUCGAUGUCCAUGUUUACAAUCUAUUGAUCGGAUAACGCACACAAAAACAUGCUCAUGAUCCUUCCUAAAUUGUUGUUUUCCAUGAGAAGAUGUGACAGACUCAACAUGCGAGGCCAGCAUAUUUAACAAAGGUUUUGGGAAAAAGUUACGAC